CAUCGCCCCCGGCGCCCAGGUCCCCUGGACUUAGGGUACCGCCCACGUUUCCCCCGUGACAUUGCCGCGGGGGCUCGGGAGUUGUAGUCUCGGGCGGGGCGCCGGCACCGGGGCCGGGGCUACGCGGACUCCACGUCCCGGCGGGCGGCGCGGCGGGCCUGGGGCCGCCAGGGGCGGGGCCGCUCGGCCCUUUAAACCUUUCAGGGCUGCUCCGAGGGCCGCAGCUGGAGACGCAGCCACGAGGGGGCCGAGCAGGGAGCGGCGGCGGCGGGGCGCUCCGGGGAGCUCCAGCCUCCACCGAGCCGGUGUCCCUCAGGUCGGGGAGCGUGGCUCUCUUUCCAGAUGUUACAGCCUUGCCCGAGGGUCUCAGCGCGCCGGUGGCAUUUGAGUAAAUCUCGCGGAGGCCCCAGAUGGAUAGCCAGAGGGUGCCACGUUCCGGCUGGGGCUCAGCCCAAAAUCUGGACGCUCGAAAGCCCAGGGAGAGCUCUGGGUGAAGUGUUGCCCACCCUUCCCCUCCCCCCGCCCUGGCCAGUCACCAGACCCUGGACCUUGAUCUCUCUCCCCCACCAGGCCAGGGCAGCUGAUGAUUGUGGCUGAAAUAUCUCAAGGUAGCUGGGCCUGCCCCCUCUUCCCCACCUACCUGUUGUCCUUACCCCCAAACCACCACCACCCUGGCUCCACUCCCUCAUGACCGCCUGGAUCCUCCUUCCUGUCAGCCUGUCAGCAUUCUCCAUCACGGGCAUAUGGACAGUGUAUGCCAUGGCCGUGAUGAACCGCCACGUGUGCCCAGUGGAAAACUGGUCCUACAACGAGUCCUGCUCUCCUGACCCCACUGAACAAGGGGGCCCUAAGACCUGCUGCACCCUUGAUGACGUUCCUCUCAUCAGCAAGUCUGGAACAUAUCCCCCAGAGAGCUGCCUCUUCAGCCUCAUUGGCAACGUGGGUGCUUUUAUGGUGGCCCUGAUCUGCCUCCUUCGCUAUGGGCAGCUCCUGGAGCAGAACCGGCACUCCUGGAUUAACACCACAGCACUCAUCACAGGCUGCACCAAUGCUGCGGGCCUUGUGGUGGUCGGCAACUUUCAGGUGGACCAUGCCAAGUCUCUACACUACAUCGGAGCCGGUGUGGCCCUCCUUGCUGGGCUGCUCUUUGUGUGCCUGCAAUGUGUUCUCUUCUACCAUGGGGCCACCACCACCCUGGACCUAGCUAUGGCCCACUUGCGAAGCGUGCUAGCUGUCAUCGCCUUCAUCACCCUGGUCCUUAGUGGAGUCUUCUUCUUCCACGAGAGUUUUCAGCUGCAGCAUGGGGCCGCCCUGUGUGAAUGGGUGUUUGUCCUCGAUAUCCUCAUUUUCUACGGCACCUUUAGCUAUGAGUUUGGGACAGUCUCCUCAGGCACACUGGUGGCUGCUCUGCAGCCCGCCCCUGGCAGGGCCUGUAAGUCCUCUGGGAGCAGCAGCACCUCUACCCACCUCAACUGUGCUCCUGAGAGUAUUGCCAUGAUCUGAGUCUGGAGGGUGGCUGGCCCAGCCUCCGCGGUACCCACACCCUCUACCUUCUUUGCAUUUCUUUUGUACCAAAAACAAUUUUUUAGAGUAUUGUUGGGAUCUAGGCUUCCUCACUCUUGGAGAAGUGGCCAUCCAACAUCCACCUGUGCCAUAGAGGAGCGUGGUCUCGCCAGCUGCUCUGCUCCAUGUCCUGUUACCACAUACCAGAGCAGUAUUUUGAGUUAAAGGUCACCUGUCCUCACUUGCCCUGCCAGCCCUUCAGGUGCCUUCUACUCCCAGUGCCAGAGCCAGACCACUGGGGUUUCCUGUUGCAGGAAUUGGGGGCUGGGGCAGCAGGGGCCCAGAAGUCUGGAUGAUGGGAGGAGCAUGCCUUAGCAUAAGGGAAGGCCCACCCAGCUGCAUUUGGGUUCUUCACUCUGUCCCUCACUUCCUUUAGGGCAAAUAACACAGCAGAACCACAUGAGUAUUUUAGUACUUUUUUAUAUCUAUUAAAAGAAUUCUAAUUUGCA